AUGGCCUUGUGGCUUCUGGUCCUGAUUGCGGUCUUUGCAGGGGCACGGGCCACUGCAAAGGAACGCUUUGAGCAGUUUUAUAACGGUCUGAGUGAGGUGGAGUGCUCGAUAAGGGUGGAUUGCCAGGCAAGAUACGGCAACGUGCCUGCAGUCGAAGCACUUCUACCCAGCAUUUACUUUCGGUGCGAUGGAUUGGCAGAAGCCGCCACGUUUGGCAAGACAUCCGUCGUCGAGUACUUGCUGGACAAUGCCAGGAAUUGCAGCACAACAGAGCCGCUGGUGGAAGCGGCUAGCGAAGGCCAGGUGAAGGCCGUCGAAGUCCUUCUAAAGCACAACGACACAACGGACUACCGAAACUCAGCCGGCUCCACGCCGCUCACGGGAGCUGCUCAGAAUGGCCGUCAGGAGACCGUGUCGGUGUUGCUGGGGCACAAGGCAGAUCCUGAAAUGGGGGACAAGUACAACCUCACAGCGCUCAUGUGGGCUGCUAAGAACGGCCACAAGGAGGUGUUCCAGGUCUUGCUCCAGUCUGGAGCCACCCUCGAGAACCCGUGGGCCAUUGAUGCCAGCAACAAUUUGCCCAUCUAUAGUCAGAUCGAAGACAAGGACAUCAGGAAAUGGUGGAAGUCCCGGAUGAGCAACUUCUCGCAAGUGCAGAUGGUGUUUACCAACCCCAGGACAUACUAUGCCAUCAUCGGUGGAAUUCUUUCAGCGCUCUUCAUGGUCGUUGUGCUUCACAAGCUGGAAUCUUAUUCCAAAGGGGUAAGAGCGGUCCAGCUGGUGGCUCAGGACCAGUGUGAGUUCGGACAGGGGGCUUGGCUUCUUGUAGCCAAGGCCGAGAAGCAGGACACGAGGACAGGAGGUACUGUACUCCUCCUCUUUCGAAUGCUUGAAGCCUUCGCCAACAUUGUGGCAGUCUUUGGCUUCGGAAUGGUACGGAUAUGGUGGGUCCAGUGGCUCCCAGUUGUGACUCUGGCCUACCUUUUCCCGGCGCUCCAUUACUUGAGACACCGGAGCUUUUUCGCGCUUUUGCGAAAGCCGGCUUUGGUCAUUGCUGCCCACAAUCCCGGCAGUGCGCUCGUCGCACUCCUGCGCAUGACAGUCUUGGGAGGGAUCGUCUGCUUUUAUAGUGGCACCAGUCCUGCGAUGAAGCAGGUGAACGCACGGUUGAAAUCGGAUUGGGGUGGACAGAUGUUGCUGCCCGAUGAAGCUUUCACAUUGCCACUACCACAGGUGACCAUGAGGAAGCUGAUCCAGAUAUCUGCUCCCCUGGCUAUGGUCUUUGUCCUUGCCUACAUGUUGGCGCUCCUGAUGUACAUUGCAUUGUCUUCGGCUAUCGAGGAAGUCACGGACAUUGAGGACGAGGUAAGGGAGCUUUUGAAGGAAGCGCAGAAAGCCGAAGAGGAGAGGGAAAGAAGGUACCAGGGGAAAUUGGCUUGCAACAUCCGUGGGCCGCUGAGCUGCCUGUACGGCAAGGCCUUCCUCUACGUUUUGGACGUGGGCCUUGACCUCAACACAAUCUACACGCUCGUGGCCUCGAGCAACUUUAUCUUCGCCGGUGUGCUGACGGCAAUCAUCUCUCGGACCUUUUUCCAUGAGCUCAUGCAGGGGCGAAGUCCGGCCAGCAUACGAGACUCUUUGUAUAAGAGCACGGAAAGGGGCAUCAUGCACAAAGACUUGCUGGAGAUGCUGAAUGAGGAGAAGUCAUUCGAGGGGGUGCUGAGCCUUGCGCUGACAUCCUACUCCUUUUUCUUCUGCACCUUGAUGCCUGUUCAAGCCAUCGUGCAGGCAUUUAGCAUUACCCUGAGUGCUUACGGCGUGGUCGGUGGUCUCUACGAGCUGAUCGACUUGAAUCUGAUUGAAAAGAGUGCUCCCAGCAUGUCGCAGGAGAUGCAGACAGGCUUCCUUUGCGGAGCUGACAGCGACCCAGAGUUGUCCGAGUCUGAGGUUGUAAAGAUAGAUGAGUUUGAG